AUGGCCCUCCUGCUGCGGGCUGUCCACUCUGUGGUGUGCCAUCCUGAUCUGAGGGACGAGGUGUGCCUGAUUUGGCCCGUGCGCACGCAAGACCCCAGCGAGUGGCAGACGGAGAAACUCGGUCGCCGACUGAAGCGCAUUCAAUUGCCGUUGGAGUGUGGCGUUGUGGCGCCAGGGAGAGAGGACUGGAGGCUGAGCUCUGCCUGCCUGCGACGGUGGAGGGGCCACGGGCGUGUGCAUCUGAACGGAAUGACCCUCUUCUCGGUGCAAGCCAUCCUUAUCCUCAGUUCCGAGGAUGGCUCGCGCAUUUUCGCGAAAUACUACUCCUCACCCCACAGCGCUCCGGGCGCUGGCAGCAGUUCGACCAACCCCUAUCCCGACACCAAAUCACAAAAGGCCUUUGAGAAGGGUCUCAUUGAAAAGACGGGCAAACAAAAUGGUGACAUUAUUCUCUACGACAAUCGAAUUGUCCUCUACAAGCUCGAGUCGGAUGUCAUGAUCUACGUGAUUGGCAGUGUGGACGAAAACGAGAUUCUUCUGUACAACACCACCCUGGCGCUCAGGGACUCGCUACAUCUCCUGUUCAAGCAAUCCGUGGACAAGAGAACGAUUAUCGAGAACUACGACCUUGUCUCCCUCGCCAUUGACGAGAUUGUCGACGACGGCAUCAUCCUCGAGACCGACCCGACCAUUAUCGUGCAGAGAGUCAGCAAAGCGCCUACACAGGACGUGCCGCUCGGCCGCAUCGAUCUCAGCGAACAGGGCGUCAACAACUUGGCGCAACUCGGAAAGUCCAAGCUGGCGGACUGGUUGCGACAGGGUCUGUAA